GAGGUUUCUGCACUGAUCCUGCCUUCCUGACUUCCUGUGCGAGAAAAGGAGGAUUUUCAACGAUUACUUUCGAUUGGGCCUGCACCCCCAGAUCUGCUGGGAACGGCCCCAGACAUGUCCCUCUAAUUCUUACGCGACUCGGAUUCAGUAGCCAAGGUGUUCCGUUAAAACAGAGCCGCUCUUUGUCAAGUGACUGUUGUCAUUUACGAUUUUGAAGCAGGCAUACUUAUUCGCUAUUCAGCCUGCUGUGAAUUUGAUCCCUGUGUCAGUUUCAAGAUGUCAAAUACUGGUUACAACUCCCAGAAUGGUGCUGGGGGGCAGCCUUUUACCAACGGUCCUUUACAGAACCCAGUGGUGAUGCAGCCUCCUGGGCCAGGAUAUAACAUGGGAGCUCAGCCUCCAUACCCAAGCCUGAUGCCAGGGAAGGCUCCUCUGGCUCCUCUUCCUGGACAGUAUAACUGUAGCCCCUACCAGAAUCCACCUCCAGUGAGCUUGUAUCAGGCGCCUGGUCAGGUGGCGGUCAGCAGGCCUCCUAUGGGGCCAGCUCAGCCACUGGUACACACCCCUCAAACUUCAGGUUCCAGAAUGCCUCCACCUCCUCUUUCCCAGAAUUCUACCCCUGGCACUGUACCUGCUAACAGUUUUUAUGCUGACACCCAGCAGCCCCCUCAGUCAGCCUGGCAGUAUAGCAUGCCUCCUCCCAUGAGCCAGCCUGCAGCAGGCCCCGUUACCAACCAUGUGACCUCAGUAACCAGCUCAGUACCAAACCAGCCUUCAUCAUCAGGAUAUACCAUGGCCAGCCCUCCCAUCUUUCAGAAAGCUGCACCCUCUGGGCCCGCCGUCCCGCACAACAACUUCGUCCAUCCAGGUGCUGUCUCUCCGCUCAUGAGCCCCCCUUCAUCUCAGACGUACCAGCUUGGUAGAACAGCUUAUGGGCCUCCACCAGCUGCAGGACCCCCCCCAGCAAUGAGACCCACACCACCGCCGCCCCCUGCUGGCCCACUGGGCAGUGCAACCCCACCUCUGCCUCCCACCCCACAGCAUGAAGACAUUCAUUGUGGGAAUAUUGGUAAUAGCUUGGCUCCUUCAUCUUUGGCGUCAUCCCCUUCAGAGGACGAUGAUGAAGAGUGUGAUAUUGAGUGCCCAGGAGCCGCACAUCCACCCACCCCUGGUGAUGGUUCGCAGGUCCCCAACAGUUUUGAUACUCUGGAGUGUGGGGGCAGGAACAUGGGAGCACCACAUCCACCCCAGCCUGCGGCAAUGGGCAGGGCCAUGGGCCACUCGUAUCCCUCAUUACCUCCUGGCUACCAAAAUAUGGGGGCCCCCGCUAACACUUCAGGAAUGCAACCUCCAAAACAACAGCCUUAUCCAUCAGGGCCCCAGCAGUUUCAGCAGCCCCCUGUCAGCCCUGCCCAGCUGACAUCUGCGAUGGGGGGGAUGAGUUUGCAACAGGCCCAGCCUCCUGAAGCCCUGAGAGCCAUCAACCUGCUGCAGGAACGCAACCUUCUCCCCCCACGCCCCGUCAGUGCACCAGUGCCCUGCCUGCCCCAGGACCUGCAGAAACUCAACUGCCACCCGGAGGUUUUUCGUAGCACACUGACCAAUAUUCCUCAGACGCAGUCUUUGCUGAACAAAGCUAAACUUCCACUGGGAUUACUUCUGCAUCCUUUCAAAGACCUCUCGCAACUGCCAGUGGUCACCUCUAGUACCAUCGUGAGGUGUCGCUCCUGCAGGACCUAUAUUAACCCCUUCGUGUCUUUCCUGGACCAGAGGAGAUGGAAGUGUAACCUCUGCUACAGAGUCAACGAUGUUCCUGAAGAGUUCAUGUACAACCCGGUUAGCAGAUCGUAUGGAGAACCACAUAAAAGACCCGAAGUCCAGAAUGCCACAAUUGAGUUUAUUGCUCCUUCAGAAUAUAUGCUGAGACCUCCCCAGCCUGCUGUGUACCUUUUUGUGCUGGAUGUAUCCCACAAUGCCAUAGAGACUGGCUACUUAAACGUUGUCUGUCAGUCACUUUUAGACAAUCUCAGCACGCUUCCAGGGGACACCAGAACAAAGAUAGGCUUUAUUACAUUUGACAGCACAAUCCAUUUCUACAAUCUCCAGGAGGGUCUGUCUCAGCCUCAGAUGCUGAUUGUCUCAGAUAUUGAAGAUAUUUUUAUACCAACUCCAGACAGUCUUUUAGUAAAUCUCAGUGAAUGCAAAGAGCUGGUACACGAUUUGCUGAAGGCUUUGCCUCAGAUGUUCACCAAGACCAUGGAGACUCAGUCAGCCUUGGGUCCAGCCCUGCAGGCAGCCUAUAAACUGCUCUCGCCCACCGGGGGUCGAGCCUCUGUCUUCCAAACUCAGCUGCCCUCUCUGGGGGUGGGAGCACUGAAGUCCAGAGAAGACCCUAAUCAGCGGGCAUCUGCAAAGGAUAUUCAGCACCUCUCCCCUGCAACUGAUUUCUACAAAAAGUUGGCUCUCGACUGUUCAGGGCAGCAGAUUGCUGUUGAUCUUUUCUUACUGAGCGGACAGUACUGUGAUUUAGCAUCCUUAGCUUGCAUAUCUAGGUAUUCUGCUGGCAGUGUCUACUAUUACCCUUCGUACCACCACCAGCACAACCCUGCUCAGGUGGAACGCUUCCAGAAGGACCUGAAAAGAUAUGUCAUAAGGAAGAUUGGCUUUGAGGCAGUCAUGAGGAUACGCUGUACCAAAGGCCUUUCCAUACAUACCUUCCAUGGGAACUUCUUCGUCCGAUCCACAGACCUGUUGUCCCUGCCCAAUGUCAACCCAGAUGCAGGGUUUGCUGUACAGAUGUCCAUUGAGGAGAAUCUAGUGGAUAUGCAAGUGGUCUCUUUCCAAGCUGCUCUUCUAUACACAUCAAGCAAAGGGGAGCGACGGAUCCGAGUACACACGAUGUGCCUGCCUGUUGUGAACUCUCUGGCUGACAUCUUUGCUGGAGCAGAUGUGCAAGCCAUUACAGGACUGCUGGCUAGCAUGGCUGUGGACCGCUCGGUGGCAGCCAGCCUGAGUGACGCCCGGGAUGCCCUGGUCAACGCUGCCAUCGACUCCCUUGCUGCGUACCGCUCCUCUGUGCUCAGCGUCCAGCAACCUGGCCUCCUGGCCCCUGUUUGCCUGCGGCUCUUCCCACUCUACAUCCUGGCCCUGCUCAAACAGAAAGCCUUCCGGACUGGGACCAGCACCCGCCUGGACGACCGUGUGUUUGCCAUGUGCCAGCUGAAGUACCAACCCCUGGCGUACCUCAUGCUCAUGAUCCAUCCCUCUCUAUACAGAGUUGACAAUCUUUCAGACGAGGGAGCUCUUAACAUAAAUGACAGAACCAUCCCUCAACCUGGACUGCUGCAGCUCUCUGUGGAGAAGCUGAGCAGGGAGGGGGCCUUCCUUAUGGAUACUGGGAUGGUGUUGUAUCUGUGGAUUGGAAGAAACUGCAGCUCCAACUUUAUUACCCAGGUGCUGGGAGUACCAAACUACUCAGCAAUACCUCAGAACAUGAAUCAGCUCCCUGAAUUGGACACAGCUGAGUCUGUGAGAACAAGAGCCUUCACCUCCUGGCUAAGAGAACAGAGGCCAUUUUUCCCAGUGCUUCAUGUGAUCAGGGAUGAGAACCAACUCAAAGCCAUCUUUAUGCAAAAUAUGAUCGAGGACCGAACAGAAUCUGCACUGUCGUACUAUGAGUUCCUGCUUCAUCUGCAACAGCAAGUUAGCAAAUAAGCAAGUCCAGUGAAGGCAGAAUGAUGACGAAUAGAAUAUUAUAGGUAUUAAUGAGUGAGGGAAGGAUCAACAGGAGGCAUUUUGAAUAGAGCUGUUUAUCUUCAGGCACUUAAGUCUUGGCUAAUUUUUAAAGCAUUUCUUUUUUGCCUCUUGAAGAUUUAACUUAUUUGUGGCAUGACUGAAGCACACCGAGUUACUGGACUCUAAUAAACACAGACCUUUUUGCUGAAGGGGGGUGCUCCAUUACUGGCUCUGAGCUUUUGGUAACAAAGAACUUAAGCAUAUCAACAUCAAAUGACAGAAUAAGCUUUACACAAAAGAGAAGAGAGGAUAUCAGGAAAAUCAGUGUGAAUCCCCAGAGAAACACUUGUAAUAAAGACUGCUUUUUCAGUCAAAGACAAGAGGCUUGAAGCCAUUUUGUCUAAAGCACAUUUGUUUGAUAAUAAAGUAAUAUAUAUGUAUUAUACGCAUUCUGAGAUAUUGUCUGCCUGUGGGGGUUGAUGUUUGAUAUAAGCAGCACUGCUUGUUAAAGAUGUUUUUCAGGUUGAGAAAACUCACACACUUUCUCCUGUUAGAUUAUGAACAAUGGUCUUUACUAUAAGAUUAGGGGAAAAAUGUUAGAAGUACUGUUUUUUCUUUCAUCAUGCAUCAAACAAGCAAUUAUGUUUGCAAACUAAAGCAGAAAAUCACAGGACAGCUAUUUCACCUUUUAAGUGGUGUAAAGAUAUUUUAUGAUCUCUUAGAGUUCCUCAACUUCUACACUGAGUUAUAUUUCCCUCUGAAUUUGGCCAUAAUUGGGCGAAGUGUAAAGUGUAUUCUUUUUUUAAUUUAUGAGAAAGCCUGUACGAGAUUUAUUUCUGUAAUUACCUUGUAUGAGAACUUGAUUUUUAUCCUUGAACCUCUGUGUUUAAAUGUUGACACUAUAUAUGAAAUAUUUUGAUAUAAUAGUAUAAAAGUAAUUUCUUUAAUACGUACUUAGAAUUAAGCCAUUUUUGAUCUUUAACCUUGCUUUGUUGAUUAAAAGGUUUACAGUAAGAAAUCUAAGUGAUAAAAUUAAAGAAUUGAUUACUGUGAAAUGACGCUAUAAAUAAAAUGGAUGGUUCUUUUUAACCCUAGUGAUUGAUUUAUGCUAUGGAAACCAUUGGAGAAGUAGCUUUUUCAGAUGAUACAGUUAUUAUAUUGUUAAAUCCAGAUGAGAAAUAUAUGGUGUUUACUUUGCAGUUGUGUAUAUAACAGCCAGAAUGUACAUUUUUACAUUGUUUGCUGCACAAGGCUUCACUAAGUUCUUUAAGACCUGUUGGUAAUGUAUGAUGUGGUAUGUUUGUCUACAGUCUUCCUUGUCUGUGUCACUUGUAGCAUUUAAUACUUGUUGCUUUCACUCCUGUUUUUCAGGAUGACUAAUGGCCCCAGUUAAUUUUGCUAGCCCACAUGCAUAGUAAAAGUGUUUGGUUCUUGGAAUCUUGUCAUUAAUUGUGGGAUGUUUCUUGGAAAACAAUGAUACGCUUUUUCUUAAGAUGCUGAGGUAUUUCCAAGGUAAAAGGUUUGUACUCUGUAUAUUCAUUAAUCAGUCAGGAGCAAAAUUCUUAUUUUUUGUUUUCAACUGCAUGGUUUAGUUUAUUUGAAACAAGACAUUUUUACCUUUUUUGAGCUAUUUCUUAACAUCUUCACCACUGAGGUUAGUAUAAUAGUGUUUUAUUUUUAAUUUAAAAUUCUAUGGCAGUAUUCUUUGUGAGAUUAUAAUGCAGUUGAGAGCCAUUUUGGUAGUCUAGGAGUUUAGAUUAUGACAUGCAACAUAGCUCCAUGCACUAGAAGCAAGCCCAGUUUAACACAAAACAACUCUCUUGAUAUCAUUUUCUCCUUGGGAGCAUUUGUUUUUCUUCCAUUAACUUGUACUCAAAUAUUUUUGAUACCCCCACUUUCAUUUAUUAACCCAGCAGAAAAGUGUUUUUUUCUGAAAAAUAAAAAGACCUGAUUCUGAAGAUGUAUUUUAUAUUUAUUUUAGCGUCUCUUAAAAAAAGGCAUAAUGAAUUCUAUCAAGCUGUGGGACCAUUUUAUGUGGCUUGGGGAUGACGUGCUACUGAAGUCUCCUGUGCAAGUAUUAGAUGAGUAGCCAUUUUGUACAUAUAAGUUGUGCUUGAAGCUUUCAUGGAACUUUAAUAUAGUUAUGGUUUUAUGCCUCCAAGCAGGCAUUAAAUCCUGUGAGUGUCUGGCAUUUAGAUUUAUAAAUCCUUUGCUCCCGUGCAGAUGUUUUAAAAGCAGUUUUCUAUAAGACUUUCAGAACGCAAGGUGACCUGUACUUGCACAGGUGACUUUAAUGCUGAUGAUCUGUACAAUGUAAGCACAGCAGAAAAUCAUUUUGUAAAGUAGUGUACAUUACUGUAACAAAAUUAAAUACUAGUUCUCUA